AUGCGCAGUGCCUUUCAAAUUGCGGUGGCCUGCCUUGCGGCAACACAAUCCGUAUGGGGCUAUCAGUUCAGAGUCCUCGAUUCGUCGACCAUGUACGAGUGUGGUGCCGUGGCGCUAGAGUGGACAGCGGGCGGCACGCCACCGUUCAGUGUGUCUGUGUUUGGAAACUACUCGACGGUGGACGUUGAACAAAUCCCUCCCUCUGCGGUGAACAGCGACGGCAGCGGCGCAUACAACUUCACCCUCAAAUACGCUGCGAGUGUCCAGCUCAUGUUUGUCAUGUCUGACCAGACUGCAUGGGGGUCUGGUGGUACUAGUGGCUUGUAUCCUGUGGCAGUAGGACCGAGUGGCAUUUCGUGUGCCCAAGUUACCGCCACCCCACCCUGGCUGUGGGGUGACACUCCCUCCGAUGGGCUACUUCCUCAAUGUUCUUCCAUUGUAUUCGACUGGUCCAAGGAGGAACAGGGCAAAUCGAAUGUUGUUUACCCACCCGUGUUAUGGCAGGCAGCAGUUGCAGGUGGGUCGGCACUUCAGUUCAACUCCACCGGCACGGACACCAACGUCUCCUUCCUGGCCGAUAUUCCAGAGGGCGCUCGCGUCUUGUUUGCCGCCUGGGACGCACAGGGCAGACAAGGUGGUGUCUCUGAACUCAUCACUAUCCAGAAGGGCAGUUCGAGCUGUAUGAAUUCCAACUCGCCCACGACGUCGAACGUACCUUGGCCAAGCACCACCGCAGGGGGCGGCGGCUCAACGCAGACCGGAAAUCAGACCGGCACGGUAAGCCCAAACAAGCUCAGCACUGGGGCAAUUGUGGGCAUCGCUGUUGGUGGUGCAGUUGUCAUCUUGGCCCUGGUUGCUGUCCUUAUUUGGCUGUGCUGCCGUUGGAAAGACAGCAAGAGGCAGCGUGCUCGGGAGGACAAUGCCAAUGUCGACCUUUACGACACCAAUAAUUGUCAAGAAGGUCCUCUCAUGUCCUACAUGUACCCCGAACAAGGAGCCACCAUCUCGCCGUUCGUCGGUGGUCAGCCAGGCCACUUGCAGAACAACAGCCAGCAACAUAUGUGGGACCCUGCAACCCAAGCCAGCAGCACUCACCUCUCCGCGGACCCCUCAACAGAUCGCAUCUCACAACAACUCUCCCAGGGCUCGCACAAUAUGAGAUCGACCAUCUCUUCCUCGGAGACGAGUCACAGCAACAAUAGUCAAUCUGGACUGCUCGCCAAGGCAAGGAUGGCGGCGCAGAACCCAGAUUCCUCGAACCCCGACCACGACUUCCAGCAGCCUUCAACCGCCGUUCCUUCUGGUGGCUUCAGGAGGCACGAGGAUGCGGGAUCCCUCCAGCCCGCCCUGGCGGAAGAGGAGGCCGAGGUUGAGGAACUGCCUCCCAACUACAACCCCCAGUGGGAUGGUACCAUGCCGAGGUAG